GUUGGAUCGACGACGACGACGACGUGCUGGAUCGGGCCCUCCGUCGUGCCAGUAACACCACGACGACCACAAUCAUGGCGACGGCCUUCCUCCGCAGCCUAGUGCUCCGGCCAGCACUCCGGCCAACACUAGCCAAGCCUGCCACCCCGACCCCGAUCGCCCGCGCAUUCUCGACGACGCCGUGCCAAAGCGCGACCCUCAACCAAGUCCUCCGAGGCUGCCGCAAGCAGCAGCGCGCGCGCCACGCCGUCUCCCCCGCGUUGUCGGCGAUCAAGGCGCCCGAGCUCAAGGGCGUGUGCGUCAAGGUGGGCAUCACCAAGCCCAAGAAGCCCAACUCGGGCGAGCGCAAGACGGCGCGUGUGCGCCUGUCGACGGGCAAGGUCAUCACGGCGUACAUCCCCGGCGAGGGCCACAACAUCCAGCAGCACAGCGUCGUGCUCGUGCGCGGCGGCCGCAGCCAGGACUGCCCCGGUGUGCGGUACCAUUUGGUGAGGGGGGCGUUGGAUUUGGGUGGUGUUGGCAGUCGGAUGAGCAGCAGGAGUAAAUACGGGACGAAGAAGCCGAAGAAGGCGUCGGUUGGUUAAAAGGUCUACCAGAACGGCGUUGGGUGGGAUAAUAGACAGCGGGCGAGCACCUUAGUGGUGUACCCUGGGAGCAGACACACUGUACCAUAUCCUGUAUAAUCCAUAAGUAGCCCAGAGUUCACGGCGGGUUCAACAA